UAAAAAUAGCAAGUGGCCAACGACGUUUUCUUUUCCCUUUCUCUCUGGGUUUCGAACGCUUGGUCUGAGCUCUAGAAGGGACAGGGAUUUGUUUCGAGCUGUCUCACCCCGGGAUUUAACGUCUGGAAGGAUGAGAAGAAACUCAAUUCCCCUUUUCCCCGUCUGGCCCUGAGCAAACCACGCAUGUCUUGUUAGACAAAGCAGCUAAAUGGCCGCCCCCCCGGUCCGGAUUGAUAUUCGGAUAUUGCCGGGAAUAGGGGAGGCGGUUUGAAGGAAUCAAGCAAACUAUGCCUAUGGCAUUUUAGAAUAGGCAAACACACAAAAUGUUGGAGGGAAAUGUACGUUUGGAAGACGAACACAGGGUGCACACAAGGGCUUUGGCCCAGCUUCUCCGGAGUUGCCGAUUCCACGCGAGCCCGACCUUGUGGACAGAUAAUAAUAUACAUAUCCCCUACUUGGCGACCUUUUUUUCGCAUUGUGCGGGGGUGCCCGUUGACCGCAAUCUUUCUAGCCCUAGUUGUUCGAAUCCUGGAAUCAAGCAUACUCCUUUGCUCGACGUCCUACAUUUUUUGUGCAAAUGUGGAUGCAUAUUUUACAUAUCUAGGCCGCGCUGGUGGUGGCACCGUGGAGCUGGCUGGCUAUCCUGUUGUUGGACAGGAACAUUUAACCGGGCUGGGCGAUGUGCAAUUCGUGUGGGGGGGAGACAAACGGAAAACGGGACGCAGGGGAUCCGUUCUAUUAGUGAAAAGGACCUCUUUUUCUUUUUUUUUUUGGGGGGGGGAUGCUCUGCAUAGUGCCAGUGUGAUAUGUCUGAAGGAGCUUGUGUAAUGCCGGGAAUUCCUGGCGGCGGAUUCUCGAGCGAAGGUCAGCCCUUAAGUCGAG